GACGCGACAUUCCCUUGACCAACGUUCCGGUCAGCUAGCCGACCGCUGUUUUCGCACGAAUUCCCCAUCUCGAAUUUUUUGCUCAAAGCUCCAUUUCGCAUCCGGUCCGCAUUACCUACAAUAUGGCGAACCUUAUCUUUGCGCACUCGAGUGCGCCGAUCCGCGAGAUCAAGGAGAUCCAGUUCGGACUCCUGUCCCCUGAAGAAAUCAAGGGAAUGAGCGUCUGCCAUAUCGUCUAUCCCGAGACCAUGGACGAGACCCGGACGAAGCCUCGCGAUGGUGGCCUCAACGAUCCCCUCCUCGGCUCCGUUGACCGACAGUUCAAAUGCAAGACGUGCACCGAGAACAUGACGGAGUGCCCCGGCCAUUUCGGCCACAUCGAGCUUGCCCGGCCCGUCUUCCACCCCGGUUUCAUCAGGCGCACAAAGAAGUUGCUCGAGAUGGUCUGCCACAACUGUAGCAAGGUGUUGGCUGAUCGAUCCGACCCUCAGUAUGCCGCCGCGAUGCGGAUCCGGGAUCCCAAGGUUCGGUUCAAGCGGGUCUGGGAUAUUUGCAAGAGCAAGAGGCGUUGCGACAACGAUCCGCCCAAGCAGGCCGAGGAUGGUGAAUACAACCUGAACGGCACCGGAGACCGACCCGUCGAAGGUCACGGAGGAUGCGGCAACAUACAGCCCGUCAUUCGCCAGCAGGCUCUCACUCUCUGGGGCAGUAUCGAGACCAAGGAUGAAGACGGAGUGAAGACCAAGGAGAAGAAGAUCAUCACUCCGGAAAUGGCUCUCAAUAUCUUCCGCCGCAUGUCGGACGAGGAGAUGAUCGACAUCGGCAUCAACAUCUCUCAAGCCCGGCCCGAAUGGAUGAUUAUUACUGUCCUUCCCGUCCCUCCCCCUCCAGUCCGUCCUAGCAUUUCCAUGGACGGAACUGGAACAGGCUUGCGGAACGAGGAUGACUUGACCUACAAGCUCGGCGAUAUCAUUCGCGCCAACGGCAAUGUCAGGCAGGCUAUUGCGGAGGGCUCGCCCCAGCACAUCAUCACGGACUUUGAGAAUCUGCUCCAGUACCACGUCGCUACCUACAUGGACAACGACAUCGCCGGCCAGCCACAAGCGCUGCAAAAGAGUGGUCGUCCCGUUAAGGCUAUUCGCGCCCGCCUAAAGGGAAAGGAGGGGCGCCUUCGGGGCAACUUGAUGGGGAAGCGUGUCGACUUUUCGGCUCGUACCGUCAUCACUGGCGAUGCCAACAUCUCGUUGGACGAGGUCGGCGUGCCGCGCAGCAUUGCUCGUACCUUGACCUACCCCGAAACGGUCACGCCUUACAACAUUGCCAAACUCACAAAGCUGGUCCAGAACGGGCCGAAUGAGCACCCUGGAGCCAGGUUCGUCGUCCGGUCGGACGGCACUCGUCUCGAUCUCCGCCACCACCGGCGGGCGACUGGCAUCCAGCUCGAGUACGGCUGGAAGGUGGAGCGCCACCUGAUGGAUGGUGACUACAUCAUCUUCAACCGCCAGCCCUCUCUUCACAAGGAGUCAAUGAUGGGCCACAGGGUACGGGUCAUGCCCUAUUCCACUUUCCGGCUCAACUUGUCAGUUACUUCUCCCUACAACGCCGAUUUCGACGGUGACGAGAUGAAUUUGCACGUUCCCCAGACGGAGGAGACGCGUGCCGAGGUCAAGGAGCUAUGCAUGGUUCCCUUGAACAUCGUCUCGCCCCAGAGAAACGGCCCCCUCAUGGGUAUUGUUCAGGACACACUGGCUGGCGUCUAUAAGCUCUGUCGGCGAGACGUUUUCCUCACCAAGGAGGAGGUGAUGAACAUCAUGCUCUGGGUUCCGGACUGGGAUGGCAUCAUUCCUCUGCCCGCAAUCCACAAGCCCCGCCCCCGGUGGACCGGCAAGCAGAUCAUCAGCUUGAUCAUCCCCAGCAUCAUCAACAUUCAUAUGCCCUCGGAACAGCAGGACAAGGACCAUCCUUUUGAGGACGACGGCCUCCUCAUUCAGCAAGGCGAAUUGAUGUUCGGCCUGCUGUCGAAGAAGAGCGUCGGCGCCUCUGGUGGCGGCAUUGUCCACCUGUGCUACAACGAGCUCGGCCCGCAAGGUGCCAUGGAUUUCCUCAACGGUUGCCAGCGGGUAGUCAACUACUGGCUGUUGCAUAACGGCUUCAGUAUCGGUAUCGGCGACACGAUCCCCGACGAGGUGACCAUCGGCCUGAUCCAGAAGCACAUCAACGACGAGAAGGCCGAGGUUGCCCGGUUGACGCAGCAGGCCACCAACAACGAGCUUGAGCCGCUUCCCGGCAUGAACAUUCGCGAGACCUUCGAGAACAAGGUCUCGACGGCUCUUAACAAGGCCCGCGACAAGGCCGGCACAAGCACCCAAAAGAGCUUGAAGGAUCUGAACAACGCAGUCAUCAUGGCACGCUCCGGUUCCAAGGGCUCGUCGAUCAACAUCUCGCAGAUGACCGCCUUGGUGGGGCAACAGAUCGUUGAAGGAAAGCGGAUCCCAUUCGGCUUCAAGUACCGCACCCUUCCGCAUUUCACCAAGGACGACUACUCCCCCGAGGCCAGGGGUUUCGUUGAGAACUCCUACCUCCGCGGCCUUACGCCCUCGGAGUUCUUCUUCCACGCCAUGGCUGGUAGAGAGGGUCUGAUUGAUACCGCUGUCAAGACAGCCGAAACGGGCUACAUCCAACGCCGCCUUGUCAAGGCGCUGGAGGAUGCGGAAGCUCGCUACGACGGAACCGUGCGCAACUCACUGGGCGACAUCAUUCAGUUCGUCUACGGCGAGGACGGCCUGGACGGUCUCGCCAUCGAGAGGCAGCGUGUGGACCACAUGAACUUGUCGAACAAGAACUUCGAAAAACGGUUCCGUCUAGACGUCAUGGACGAAGCCGCCUCGUCCUCGAUCCUCGAUUCCCUCGAGUACGGCAGGGAAAUGGCUAGUGAUCCGGCCGUGCAGGAGCUCUUGGACCAGGAGUACGAGCAGUUGCUCGCCGAUCGUGAGCUCGUGCGACAGAUCAACCGUCGCAAGAUGGCCGAUGAUUACAUGCAGCUUCCUCUCAAUGUCGCUCGCAUCAUUGAGACGGCCAAGAAGCUCUUCAAGGUUGACGAUUCUCAGCGCAGCGACCUCACGCCCAACGACGUGAUUCCCGCCGUCCGGGCCUUGCUCGACAGGAUGGUGGUAGUCCGCGGGGAUGAUAUAAUCUCGAAGGAGGCCGAUUACAACUCGACCCUCUUGUUCAAGAUCCAGUUGCGCUCUCGCCUGGCGUACAAGCGCCUCGCUGUCGAGCAAAGGAUAAACAAGCUAGCCUUUGAGCACAUCUUGGGCGAGCUCGAGAACCGUUGGGCCCGCUCGAUGGUCGCGCCCGGUGAGAUGGUUGGCGUGCUGGCUGCGCAGUCCAUCGGAGAGCCGGCAACGCAGAUGACUCUGAAUACUUUCCACUUCGCUGGUGUGUCGUCUAAGAACGUCACGCUGGGUGUGCCUCGCCUCAAGGAAAUCCUCAACGUCGCCAAGGACAUCAAGACGCCGUCCAUGGUUGUCUACCUGGAUUACGCAAAUGCGACUCAGGAGGAUGCGAAGAGGAUGCGCAGUGCGGUCGAGCAUACCAGCCUCCGUUCUGUCACGGCCGUGACGGAGAUCUACUACGAUCCGGAUAUCACCUCCACCGUCAUCCCAGAGGACUACGACAUGGUCGAGUCCUACUUCCUGAUUCCUGAUUCCUCUGACCAGGAUUCCAUCGAAAACCAAUCCCGCUGGCUGCUCAGGCUGACCCUCGAUCGGCAAAAGAUGCUUGACAAGGGCCUGCGCGUAGAGGAUGUUGCAGCACGGAUCAAGGAAGAAUAUAAGAAGGACGUUGCUGUCAUUUUCAGCGACAACAACGCCGAGGAGAUGGUCAUCCGCAUCCGUGUCAUUCGCCAGGAUGACGACAAGGAUGAAGACGGCAACAAGAUCAUUGAGGAUGACGUGAUGCUGAAGCGUCUCGAGAAGCAUCUCCUUGACAAUUGCACCCUACGCGGCGUUCCUGGCAUCGAGAGAGCCUUCUUGAACAAGGGUGUCAAGCUGGCGGUGCUACCGGACGGCUCUCAGGUGGCCAAUAAGGAAACACCAGAGUGCAUGGAGUGGUAUCUCGACACGCAGGGCACAUCCCUGAGGGAGGUCCUCACGAUUGAAGGCGUUGACACCAGGCGCACCUAUACGAACGACCUGUACCAGAUCGUGGAUGUGUUCGGCAUCGAAGCAGCGCGGGCGGCCCUUAUGCAGGAGCUGACCCAGGUGCUCGCGUUCGGUGGUUCUUACGUGAACCACCGGCAUCUCGCACUUCUUGUCGAUGUCAUGACAUACCGUGGCAGCAUCGCCGCGGUGACACGCCACGGUAUCAACCGCGCCGACACGGGUGCUCUGAUGCGCUGCUCUUUCGAGGAGACAGUUGAGAUUCUGCUCGAGGCUGCCGCCGUCGGUGAACUCGACGACUGCCGUGGUAUCUCGGAGAACGUCAUGUUGGGCCAGAUGGCACCUAUGGGCACCGGCCACUUUGAUGUACUUCUCGACCCUAAGAUGCUCGAGACGGUCAUCUCGGACAACUCUCGCAUGGGCCUGAUGCCCGGCAUGACUAUCAAGGGAGGCCAGCUCGAGGGUGCCGCAACGCCCUACGACACGGGUUCGCCGAUGGCAGACAACGGGUAUCUAGGCAGCUUCUCCCCGACUAUGGGUAACUUCUCGCCCAUCCAGGGUGCAGGCUCCGACAGCCCCAGCGGGUUUGGGACCGAGUACGGCGGCGGUUUUGGUGGUUCGAGCAGCGCCAACCCAUACGCGACGAGCCCUCGCGCUACCAGCCCCUUCUCUACAUCGCCCACUUCUCCAUUCAGCUACUCGCCGUCGUCACCUCUGGGGUACUCGCCCACUUCCCCUCUCCUCGAUGCCGGUGGUCGGUAUGCUUCGAGCCCGCAGUUCAGUCCGUCGUCCCCGUCAUUCUCGCCGACGUCGCCAAUGCUGCGGCCUGGAAGCCCGACCAGCCCGAACUACAGCCCAACAUCGCCGAGCUAUUCCCCGGCGUCGCCCGCAGCAACCCGUCAUUACUCCCCCACGUCGCCAGCGCAGUUCAACUCGCCGACGUCCCCAUCGUACUCGCCGACGAGCCCCAGCUACAGCCCUGCUUCGCCGAAUCUGCAUUCAACCUCGCCGUCGUACUCGCCGGCAUCACCUACCUGGUCGCCUACGUCGCCGGAUGCCUACUCACCAACAAGCCCGUCGUUCCAUCGGUCGCCUGGGCAGCAGAUGUCGCCGACCAGCCCUGGCUACUCGCCGACAUCACCUUCCUUCUCACCUAGGACUCCGGGCCGCGGCCCGUCUGGGGGCAGUGGUGAUCAGUACUCACCUACUUCUCCGACAAAUGAUUAAUUCGCUUCUCAUCAUUCUAAGUCAGGAGAAGCGAGGCAUAUUGCACGGACGGCACAGGUUUGCCUUGGAAGUUGUCGCGCUGCAGAAGAUUACUGGAGCGUUUGCAAGAGUCGCGUGUCUUUCCCUCGGGGUCACAUAUUCGGAGCGAGUCUGUUUUCUUUUUCUUCAGGUUCUUGUUUUUCACCCUUUCGUGCCGUUCGAUAGAAGCAUUCACAUGGCAGGCCGGAGAGGA